AUGCGUUCGGUUAUUGAAUGGGGCCACCGUAACCUUCGCGCCGAAGGCUUUUUCGACGAUGCUUGGGACUUUGUCACGGACGAGUCUUGUGGCUGCAAGGGUGUUCGACGGGCUUGUGUAUUUGUUGCUGGCUUGGCCUCCUUUGACGAUUAUGGCCUGACAGCGCAUGACCCUGAAAAUUAUUUCGGGUCUGAAAUUGGUGAUCAUUCGCCCUGCUGCACAAGCCGGCAGUACAUAACGUUAGCUACGAAGUUAAAUUCGUGGAAUGACAUGGUAUUUCAGCAGCGACUCAUCGAUUUGCUUGUUCAGGUAAGUAAUACAAGUGACGCCGCCACCGGAACGAUCAGGGACACGAUUUUUGUCGGUCACUCAAUGGGAAACCUUAUUCUGGCAGGCGCUAUUGCUCGCGGUCUCGCCAUUUUUGAUCAAUCAUCCGCUUGGGUUGCCGCAAGCGCUCCCAUGGAAGGAAGCAUGGGCUCAAAUUAUAUACAAGAAUGGUGCAACGGAGAUUACAAUGCUGUGGUUGACAAAAUCAUUGACUUGUUAGGAAAUUGCCCUACAAACGCUGGCGAGUUGUCGCUGGCCUACAAGGGUUCGAACUUGUCGUCACAAGCCUUAAACGACGCCUACAUUGCUGCACAAAAUGCUUACGCUACAAAUGUAACUGCAGUCAUGUGCAGCAACAGUUACCUGGGACUUGUAACAGUAAAGUCAGCUAUUUACGCUCUAGCUGGUCAGCUUUUACCGCACCACUCAUCUGAAAAUGAUGGCAUUGUGGAAUAUUCGAGCUGUGCAAUGGGCCUUCCUUUAGAUUCCUUUGACAAAACGUACGAAAGUAUGCGGUACAGGACAGGGCUAAACCACGUUGACACUUCAUUUCGGAACGGUGAUGGUGUCUUUGGCGAUAAGAAAAAGCCCUUAAAGUGGUUUGAAUGUCUUUUGUAA